GGAAGAGGAGGCUUCUCCAUAGGCCACGCCCCGGAGAGCUCCGCCCCCGGGCCCGCCCCGCGGCGCAUUGUGGGAUCUGUCAGCCCCACUGGACCUGACGCCGCGCUAGGUCAUGGGGAUUCAACCGAGCCCGGUCCUGCUAGCCUCUCUGGGGGUGGGGCUGCUUACUCUGCUCGGACUGGCUGUGGCUACCUAUCUGGUUCGAAGAUCCCGCCGGUCGCAGGUCACACUCCGGGACCCGGAUGAGAAGUACCUGCUACGAUUGCUCGACAAGACGACUGUGAGCCAAAACACCAAGAGGUUCCGCUUUGCCCUGCCCACCGCCAACCACAUUCUGGGACUGCCUGUGGGCAAGCAUGUCUACCUCUCUGCCCGAAUUGAUGGCAAUCUGGUCAUCAGGCCUUACACUCCUGUCACCAGUGAUGAAGACCGAGGCUAUGUGGAUCUUGUCAUCAAGGUUUAUCUAAAAGGUGUGCACCCCAAAUUUCCUGAAGGAGGGAAGAUGUCUCAGUACCUGGAUAGCCUGAAAAUUGGGGAUGUGGUGGAGUUUCGGGGGCCAAGUGGGUUGCUCAAUUAUGCUGGAAAAGGGAAUUUUUACAUUCAGACCAACAAAAAUUCUCCAUCUGAACUGCGAGUGGCAAAGAAAUUGGGAAUGAUUGCUGGUGGGACAGGAAUCACCCCAAUGCUGCAGCUGAUCCGGGCCAUCUUGAAAGUCCCUGAAGAUCCAACCCAGUGCUUUCUACUUUUUGCCAACCAGACUGAAAAGGACAUAAUCCUACGGGAGGACCUAGAGGAACUACAGGCCCAGUAUCCCAACCGCUUUAAGCUCUGGUUCACUCUGGACCAUCCUCCAGAAGGUUGGACCUACAGCCGGGGCUUCGUGACUGCUGACAUGAUCCAGCAGCACCUGCCCCCCCCAGCAGACGAUGUGCUGGUGCUGCUCUGUGGGCCGCCGCCUAUGGUACAGCUGGCCUGCCAUCCUAACUUGGACAAGCUGUGCUAUUCACAAAAGAUGCGAUUCACCUACUGAGCGUCUCAACCUGACCUCACAAAAGAUGCUAUUCACCUCCUGAGCAUCUCAACCUGAUCCCACGCGUGCAGUUGUCCCUAAUCAGUUCUUGACCGCCUUGAGGCCUAGAGCCUUUACUAAGAGCAUCAGCCUUUUGUGUCUCAGCCUGGAACCUGGAUGCUUGAAGAAAUGACACUCCUCUAGCUAUGGUAGAGGCAGGCCAGACUGAGUCACUUCCUGGAAGCCUCCCCUAUCCUAUGUGGUAAAAGAUCCAGAUGAAGCUCACAAGACAGUCUCUUCUGUAGGGCCAGGAAGAAGAGAGCAUGUACAUUUGUCAUAAGUCUGGCUAGUUUCUGAGGAGAGAGUGGAAAAUGUACAAUACAUUUUGCUCAAUAUUCAGCAACUCUACUACUUACGUGAGUACAGGUUGAGUGGAUUUAUAGACAUAGUCCUACAGAAAGUGAAGGAAAGGAAUUGUUUUCCACAUCUCUAAACCCCAGAGAAAGGAGUCUGACCACAUAUUUGCCCAGGCUAGAGAGACAUGGUUACCCACAAUUUACGAUGGCUGUUUGUACAAGGAGUAGAGCUCUGGCUGUUCAAAUAAAAUGGAGCUGAGGCCCUGAUGAUCUCAAGGA